GGUGGAGCGGACGGGGGUCCUGGGAGCUGGGGGACGGCGGAGCCACAGGCCCUGGGUUCCCCACCCUCCCGGGGCAGCUCAGACCGGACGCUCGGGUCCUCCGGGUCCCUCCCCAGGGGGCGGGGCUAGCGGUUCUGACCAAUGACAGGCCGCCCAGAGACCCCGCCCCCGACGCCUCACGAAUGCCCAACCGCCGGGAGCCUGGCCUGGGGCUGCGUGAGCGCUGAACCUGCGGCUGGACACCAAGAUGCCUGGCGAACAGCAGACACCGAAGGUGGAGGAGGAGGAGGAGGAGAUGCAAGAGGAGAUGGUGCUGCUGGUGAAGGAUGAGGAGGAUGAGGGUGAGGAGAAGUAUGAGGUGGUGAAACUCAAGAUCCCCGUGGACAACAAGGAGGUCCCGAGGGAGGCGGCAGCGCCUUCUGCAGACCCGGCGCGUACACACGUGUGCCCGGACUGCGGCCGUGCUUUUGCACGCCGGUCCACCCUAGCCAAGCAUUCGCGCACGCACACGGGUGAACGGCCCUUCGAAUGCCCCGAGUGCGGCCGGGGCUUCUCGCAGAAGUCGGCGCUGACCAAACACGGCCGCACGCACACCGGCGAGCGGCCCUACGAGUGCCCCGAGUGCGGCCAGCGCUUUUCGGCCGCCUCGAACCUGCAGCAACACCGGCGGCGCCACACGGGCGAGAAGCCCUACGUGUGCACGCAGUGCGGGCGCCGCUUCGCUCAGAGCUCCAACUACGCGCAGCACCUGCGCGUGCACACGGGCGAGAAGCCUUACACCUGCCCCGACUGCGGGCGCGCCUUUGGCGGCAGCUCGUGCCUUGUGCGCCACCGACGCACGCACACCGGGGAGCGGCCGUACGUUUGCGCCGACUGCGGCACGCGCUUCGCGCAGAGCUCGGCGCUGGCCAAGCACCGGCGCGUGCACACGGGCGAGAAGCCGCACCUCUGUACCGUGUGUGGCCGCUGUUUCCGCCACCGGUCCAACCUGGCGGAUCAUACCCGCACGCACACGGGCGAGCGGCCCUACCCCUGCACCGAGUGCGGCCAGCGCUUCCGCCUCAGCUCAAACUUCGUCCGCCACCGUCGUUCGCAUAUGAUGCGCCGUCUCUAUAUCUGCGCUGUGUGCGGCCGAGACUUCAAGCUGCCCCCUGGCACUAAGGCCACCACUGUCACCGAGCGCUGCCCAGAGUGUGAGAGUAGAUGAGCCCCCUUGUCGCUGCGGCUGCUAGUGUCUGGCUGAGGAGGCGCAUGCCAGGGCCCCGACCCUAGGUGCUGGACUAAAUGGACAAGGACUCCGGGACCCUGGUCUGGGAAAGGGUGGGAAGGCAGAACUGGCUGCCCGGGACCUUGGAGACAUAGUUAAUCCUCUACUGCAGUGAUGGCAAACCUAUGACACGCGUGUCAGAGGUGACACGUGAACUCAUUUUUUUGGUUGAUUUUUCUUUGUUAAAUGGCAUUUAAAUAUAUAAAAUAAAUAUCAAAAAUACAGUGGGGCCUUGACUUAUGAGUGUCCCGACUAACGAGUUUUUUUUGAGAUACCAGCUGUCUCUCGGCUGAUUUUUUGCUUUGAGUUGCAAGCUCAAAAAAAUUUGGGUUAUGAGCCAGCUUCAGAUACCCCACCGCUAGUUGGCACAGCGAAUGUCACAGUGAUUUGACAUAGGAAUAAUUUGAGUUAUAAGCUCCGUCACGGAACAAAUUAAACUCGUAAGUCAAGGCCCCACUGUAUAAGUGUUUUACUAUGGUUGGAAAGAUCAAAAAAUUUCUAUAUGUGACACGGCACCAGAGUUAAGUUAGGGUUUUUCAAAAUGCUGACAGGCCGAGCUCAAAAGGUUCGCCAUCACUGCUCUACUGGGAUUUUUGGAAACCGUGGCCUCUUCCCCCUCACUACAAAUCCUCAACCCGUGUUAGUGAAUAAAGUAUUAUAUCUUCACGCA